GCCUGGAUUAAACGAGGAAGCGGACGUAGUCGGAUAGAGACGAAGCUAACAAAGAUAGCUCGUCUGCAGGCUAAACAGCCGCUUCACCCUGCUGUUCUGCCCGCAGACAGCAGGAUAGUUUUAUAAAUCGUGUUGUUUUGACGGGUCGCUGCCCCUGCAGGACGGCGGGCUGCUGUCAUGUUGAUGGAGCUGCUCGGAUUUGGAGGCUCUUCCUUCCUCCGGGCUCAUGAUGUCGGCGGGACUCGCUAGUUUCGCCUGAGCUCCUCUCAGCCGCCGCCGCUUCAUAAGUUGGUUGCUGUCGGACGCUCUGCUCGGGGAAUGACGAUGCACAGUACCGGAGCAUUACAAGAGCCCUCACAGGGUGCAGGAGAACGGGGCGAGCUGGUCCACUCAUUAUCUAAAGAGACCGCCGGGUCUCCAGAUGCCUCUGAGUUGGGGAGCCCUCGCUGCACACCAAACUUUGACCUCCUCAACAUGGUCGUGUCGUAUAAGAGAAUGGCUUUGUUUCUAGAGCCAGUUGCAGAUGCAGUGGAGCUCACCCGCUUCCUACUUGGAUGGAAGAUGCCACUGUGCUCUCUACUUGUUUGUAUAUUCCUCAGUGUCUUCUUCUGCACAGUUAAUGAAGUUGGUUGGUUCACCGUGAGUGUGGUGGCAGUAUCGGCACCCGCUGCCCUGGGUUACCUGCAGGACAGGUGUGGGGGCAGAGCCUCUGAAGCUGAGCUCCAGAAGAGGCGCUAUCAUGCUGUGCACCGGAGAGACCUGCAGACAGUACAUCUCACCAAGCAGGAGGCCAUGCUGGAAGUCAAAGACCUGUUGAAGCACCUGGAUGACAUGUUGUCCUCUGCUUGUCAGUCAGCAGAAGCUAUUUACAAAGUCCUGUACUGGGAUAAUCACACCAAGUCAUCAAGGUUCUAUGGAGGGUUGUUAAUCGUGAUGUGUCUGUUGUAUGUUGCUCCUUUGGGCUGGGUGCUCGCUGGGCUCAACAGCGCCAUCUUCCUGUGGAACAGAGACUUCUGCAGAGUUUUGUUGGACCUCAGGAAGCUGUUCCACUUGGGUCCAACGCCGGCCUCAGAGGGGAUGUGCGAAGAACAGGAACACAGCAAUUUGUUGGACCAGACUCCCACACCGACCAGUGUGGAGGACCUGUCUCCUGGCAGUGUAGAGGAAGCUGAGGAGGCUGAGCCUGAUGAUGAAUUUAAGGAUGCCAUUGAGGAGCAUUCAGGUUCAAUACAGGAAACCCCUUUGGUGUUAGUGGAGGAUGACGACGGGCCUCUUGGAGCUCCGGAGUAUGACACCAUCUCUGAAAAUGGUCUUCUGAGCCGCAAUGAACCAAUUCGCAGCAAAGUGUCCAAAUUGACAGAGAAACUGCGUAAACGCUAUCCCACAGCCAGCACAGGCAACUGUUCUAGCUGCAAUGCCGUCUUUUCGGUCCUGAAGAAAAGGAGGAACUGCAGUAACUGUGGCAACAGCUUCUGUUCCCGAUGCUGUUCCUAUAAAGUGCUGAGAUCUUACAUGGGGGCAACAGCUCCGGAGGCGCAGAGAGAGACCGUGUUUGUUUGUGCUGCCUGUAAUUCCUCCCUCAUCAAGUUACAAUGAGAUGGCAUGUUAGUUUUUUUCUCCCAGCGGGCAGCAGGAGUUCAUUCACUGUUCACCCCUGAGCCCUUCAAUGAAACCCUGACCUACAUGCCUUGGUUUUGAAGUUACAUCUGUGAAGAUACCUCCCAUGUGGAACUCAAAGACCCCACUGUCUUUACAAGUUACAUCCCUCCUUAGCAUCUUUAUUGCUUAUGGGACUGAUUCCCUGUUUGAGUUGUCAGUGAAGGACUGGACCUGAUGAAUCAAAGAGACUUAAUACAGAGCACAGAUGGCUCUAAAAUUUGCCCUAUAAUGACCUAUUUUUCCCCUCUUCCUGAGCAGAUAUAAGUACAACGCAUGCACGUUGGAGCCUGGAUGAGCUAGCGGUGUUGAAUGAUACAAAUAGACAUAAAAGGAAGUAAUACUUCGCUUUUUCACAAAGUUGAAUCCACUUGAAUGUUGAUAUCUUUAGCCCUGUGUAGCAGAUUAACUGCACUGUGAUCUUGAGAGGACUUUUCUGGAUGAACAAAAACUGAGGCUGCACUUUAAAUUUGACAUACAUUUUGAUUAGAGAUGAAUAAGACACAAAACUGAACAAAAUAGUGGACACAACCCAAAGGUUCUGCAUUCAGCAUUGGUCAUCCAAACCAAUCAAAGUAUUUGCACAGACAAGUUCACUGAAACAUUUUUUCACAAUCUCGUGAUCAGUUGUAAAUUUGUCCAAGUGUCUGAAGUUGGUGAGUGAUGCAGAAUUUGCUCACAUUGCAUAUUCAUGGGCAUUUUAUAUUGGUUGCUACUGGAACGCUUACUGUUACUUGAGGUUUGCUUUGUUCACUUGUGUUCCUAAAGGAGCUCACAAGACACAGACGGAGCAGAUAUAAAAUGCAGAAACACCCAUAACUCUGACGCAGUAACUGGAAAAUGCAUGGCCUGUUGUAAAUCACAUGACAUCUUUUAUAUAUGAUGGCAAACUGGAGGGUAGGCUCUGAGGCUCCUUGAUUUUUUAUGUAAUUUUUUUGCAGACCAGCUCACUCUUCUUGUAUUACUCAAAUUGUUGCUCAUUCCACUUGUCAUAUUAUCCUUUGUGGACGUGUCAUAAACCUUUUUUUAGAGUAUAUCAGUAACCUGAAAGUCGAGAGGUCCCUGGAGCCCAUGCUUUUCCUUUAACUGGAUCAAAGUUAACCCAACUGGAUUAAAAUAAUUUGAAUGGACUGUGAAACCAGCUGAAACUGUCAUCAGAGCCUCACACUGUUGCAAGCAGGACUUGACGUGAGGAAGAAUUGAUGUAGAGGCGCUAAAAGCCAGGAGGUAAAUCCUGGCAGCAGUCGUUUUAAUCACGAUUCAGACACAAAUGAUUGUAACUGUUUGCUUUUAUUGUAAUCGUAUAUAAACCGUUACUGUAAAUUGUUCUGUAUCUAAUAUAUUUAAUUUAAAACUCCAGAAAGUGCAAGUUAUCAUGAUUACUUCUGUAUAUAUUGCCCCUGAUUUUAAAAGUUGGAAUAUGCCAUUACUAAAAUAAACUCUGAAGAUUUAAUUAAAGCGACAA